GCUAUUUAAUCUUGUAACGCCGCAACAGAGUCUACAAAGGAGAUCCGUCGCUGCGCUUUUCUUGUGUUUCCACCACCUCGCUUUGACUUUUUUGGUCUUCCUCCUUUUCUUGCAAACUCUUCUUUUUCGCAAGUACUGCAAGUGUCAGUCUGUUUUUCCCAAAAAACGACCUCGCGAGUGUGGAUGCGAUACGACCGAAAACACUCACGACAGAACUUCGAUGGGUGAAUCGUCUGAUCGUCCUUUUCAAUACUCAAAUUGUAGGUUUCAGCAAGAAAUACUACGUGGCCCUUGCAAUUAUAACUAGUUUCGAACCGGUCUUUGUAUUUCUUGAGGCGAUUUCCACAAACUCUGCAAAUUUUUUCAAGAUUUUGUAGGUGAAUACUGUUAAUGCGUUCACCUUCCGAGGUCGCGCCGGCCAUGAACUCCAAAUAUUAAGUAAGUUCAGAAAUCAGUCAAAAAGCAUUCGCGAUACCGUAUGAGUGUAGAAAUGAGAACUGUAAAGGGGGGAGAUUGCAUUGAAUGCAGUGGUUGCGAUAUAAAAACUCAGGCAAGAUCAUAGUCUGAACAUGAAGUCAUUUAUUUUGCGCAAUUUGUUUCCGCCAUUAAUUGCCUUAGCACUGUAAAGUAAACUCUUCUUAUUGUUACAGUAUUCAUGGCACUGCCGCUUAUAGCACCUUAUCUGUGAGGUAAUUUCCUAAAUAUUCUAAAAAUGCUCAUUGCGCACACUUGUCUUUCAACACUAGCUGGUACGCAUCACGUUUUUUACUUCCAAGUAUCGAGGAAGCGUGCGCCGAGCGCCGCGCGUUAGUCAUUAACAGAGUUAAUAACCACGACUUCCGGUCUGUUAUUAAAAGCGCGGUCGCUCAGCUAAAUGUCCUCUUAGCGGCUGUUUGAAAUAGCCGUGACAAUCUCGAAUAUGAUUAGAUCGAUGAGGUGUGCACUUCUGUUGUUUACAGGAGUGUUAAAGCGAAUGCCAAUUUGCUGAAAUCUCAAGAGAACGGCCAUGAAAUGUCGACCCUAAGAGUCAUGAGCAUCGAGCAUGAGAUACUCAAGGACGACCAUGAGAUACUCGAGGGCGAGCAUGAGAUACUCGAGGACGAGCAUGAGAUACUCGAGGGCGAGCAUGAGAUACUCGAGGACGAGCAUGAGAUACUCGAGGAAUAUCAUGAUUUCCGAUCGACUACUACGAGAACUGGACCACACGACAAACUCGCAAUCAAAUAUGAUUUGUUAUUUGAAAUUUUCGGGGUCUUUAGUCUUGUAUUUCGCUUAGGAAAAUGGGGCAUCAUGACAUUCAUGCUAGUGUGGUGUAUCGUCGUCGGUUGUUGCAUGGCCUAUUUACAUCCUGGUGCAGUCGCUGACCUGCCCAGUUGUCAGGAGAUCAAAGGCAACAGCACCGCUCAGGUCUGUAUCGACGGCAACUGCACUUUCAACUGCUCCCGUAACAUGGGGUAUGGCUCGUGCGACCAGCUCUGCCUACAGAACAAGGAUCAGAAACCGUGCCCUAGAUUAAAAUGUGCCGCAAGCACUUGCAAUCAGAGAUGCCUGUCUGGAGGAUGCACAGAUGUGGCUUGUAACUCCCAUACUUGUCUCCAAACUUGCACCAGUAAUUGCACUAAUAUGGAAUGCCAUUCCAACACCAAGUGCACCCAGGAGUGCGAAGACGGCGCCUGCGGUCUUGCGACCAGCGGUUCAGGCAAAGCUGAGCAGAUUUGCCGAGGGGUAGGAUGUAAGAGGAUGCAGUGCGCAAGCGCAGAGUCUUGUAACCAAGAUUGUACCAGAGGAUGUCAACUGGACUGCUCCAACGAAAACACCGCUGACUGCACUCAGGAAUGUAAGACGGGCUCGUGUUCCUUUAAUUGUGCUGCACAAACUUGCGAAAGUAGCUGCGCCCACGGCUCUUGUCCAAAUAUGACCUGCGGCGGAACCAACUGCACCCAGAAAUGCGGAAAGGACUGCCAACAGGUUGUCUGCUCAGCAUCGGGUAAAUGCGACCAGUCAUGUGACGGUGAGGGAUGUAACUUGUAUUGUAGUGAGGGGGCCAAAACAUGCAAUCAAAAGUGUCAGGGUGCAUGCGUGACAGAUUGCAAGUCACGUUGGUGCGGCGUAACAUGUACCGGAAGUGGCUGUGAUGUGAAGUGCCCAAAUAAUGGAACAGAGUCAUGUGAUCAGACCUGUCAAAAGUCGGCCGGUGACUGCAAGAUGCGGUGCGAUGCUAAGGUCUGUACCUCCAAGUGUACAGACGGACGCUGCCAAGCGAUCAGUUGUGGAGGCGACCGGUGCACGCAGGAAUGUGGCAAAAACUGCACAAGCAUGGCUUGCACUGCCAAGUCUUGUGAGCUGUCAUGCCCUGGAGGGGGCUGUAUAAUGUCAUGCUCGUCAUCUGUAGAGAACUGCACCAUGUCAUGUCCAGGGGGGGGAUGCAGUCAACACUGCGUUGCGACGGGCAAGUGCAACUUCGACCUAGACUGCAAGGGCUGUACCAUUUCUGGCAAUGUUCCCACUUCCAAAACACCUAGUGGCGGCGCGGGAAUAACAGCUACCCAGUCACUGCUCGUGGGCUCAGCUUGGCUGGCCCUGUCUGCCAGUCGUGUGCACAAUUUCGUGGUGUAACGUCACCUACAUAACGUCACCUACAUAACGCCACCUACAUACCUUAACUGCAUAAACUAAAUGAAUAACUGGUGUAUUUAUUUCAUAACAUGUUUGCUUUGAAAAGUGUAAUAAAUACGAAGGAUAUGGCAUGGAUUAAUGUAAAAAAUCCUUUUUUAAAUCACAUAUUUCAAAAUUGUAAAAUAUAGGUGUUUUAACAUGCGACAAAUAAAUUGUAUAAUCUUC